UUAAAGUUAAUUAAGCUAUUCAUGAUUAACAAUAGCAAGUGAAGAUAUAUAACAGAGGAUAUAUAUGAUCUUGUCUAAAUAGAGUAGGCUGACUGUUCUCAUACGUCUUCUUUUAUCUACUUCCGAUCAAGGGAGAGUUUCUAGUUGGUAAUUUUUGGGAUUGCGAUAGGCACAAAUCGUUACUGUUUAGGAAAUUUGUGGAGUGUCCUAUAUAGAAUAUGACAAAUAUUUGCUAUAUAUACAUGGAAGGUUAAGCAUAUUGUUUAGUGCGUUUGAAAACUGUUAGAAAUUAUAAGAUUCAAGAACAAUAGAAUUUGUCGAAGUGCCAAAAGAGAGGUAAGAGUUUCGAGAUUAUUGUAUGAUAUAGUUGAGAGCUUUGCGUUUCUGUUACGUCAUCCUAUAUACAUAUAUAUAUGGAAUAGAUUAUAGAGCUUUAACUAGCUAGCUCUAAAGGCUAAUCUGACAGGCACAGAAAAUUAUAAAGGCGUCAAUGGAAGGAGGAGGAAGAGGAGAUGGUGCAGGUGGAGAAAUCCAAGCAAAAUUUAACAAGUAUGCAGCUGCUUGUGCUAUAGUUGCUUCAAUGAUAUCCAUCAUUUUUGGUUAUGAUACUGGGGUAAUGAGUGGAGCCAUGAUAUUCAUAAAAGACGACCUGAAAAUCCAUGAUACACAAGUGGAAGUCCUUGCCGGAAUCUUGAAUAUAUGUGCCUUAGUGGGUUCACUUCUGGCCGGAAGAACUUCUGAUUACAUUGGCCGGCGAUACACAAUUAUUGUAGCUUGCAUUAUUUUCAUGCUUGGUUCAGUUCUAAUGGGAUAUGGUCAAAAUUAUGGAAUCCUGAUGACUGGAAGAUGCAUAGCGGGCAUUGGUGUAGGCUUUGCUCUUAUGAUUGCUCCGGUUUACUCUGCAGAAGUUUCAUCACCAUCAUCAAGAGGUUUCUUGACCUCCCUGCCUGAACUUGGUAUAAGUAUUGGAAUCUUACUAGGCUAUAUUUCAAACGUUAUUUUUGGGAAAUUGACUCUGAAACUUGGCUGGAGGUUGAUGCUUGGAGUUGCAGCUAUACCUUCGGUUAUCUUAGGCUUUGGCAUCGUACAAAUGCCAGAGUCUCCAAGGUGGUUAGUGAUGCAAGGACGUUUAGGGGAAGCCAAGAAAAUCUUGCUACUAGUAUCCAACUCCAAAGAAGAAGCAGAAGCCCGUUUCCGUGAUAUAAAAGUUGCGGUAGGAAUAGAUGAGAAUUGCAAUGAAGAUUUUGUCAACCUUCCAAAGAAGACUCAUGGAGAAGGGGCAUGGAAAGAACUGUUAUUAAGGCCAACACCAGCAGUCCGGUGGAUACUAAUCGCUGCGAUAGGAAUCCAUUUCUUCGAGCACGCAGUUGGAAUCGAAGCAGUUGUUCUAUAUAGCCCAAGAAUCUUCAAGAAAGCUGGUGUCACAGGCAAGGAAAAGCUCCUGCUUGCAACAGUUGGGGUAGGGCUCACAAAGUUUAUAUUUGUAUUCAUAGCUACAUUUUUAAUUGACAGAGUUGGGAGGAGACGCCUAUUGCUUACAAGCACAGCAGGAAUCGUAGCUUCCUUAACAGUAUUAGCAUCUUGCUUGACCAUAGUGGAGUACCACACUGGAAGGAAACUGUUAUGGGCUCUAAGCCUGAGCAUAAUUGCUACAUAUGUAUUCGUGGCUUUCUUCAAUAUUGGCCUUGCGCCUGUGACAUGGGUAUACAGUUCAGAGAUAUUCCCCUUGAAGUUGAGGGCACAAGGGUAUAGUAUUGGUGUAGCUGUUAACAGACUUAUGAAUGCUACAAUCUCAAUGAGUUUCAUUUCACUUUACAAAGCAAUUACUAUAGGUGGAGCCUUCUUCAUGUUUGCUGGUGUCUCUGUGAUUGCCUGGUUUUUCUUCUAUUUUCUUUUCCCAGAGACAAAGGGAAGGUCCUUGGAAGAGCUGGAGUUGCUGUUUAGCAAUGGUAUUAUGGCUAGAAAUGAGACAAUGGAACUUCAGCCCAGAGCCAGAAGUAAUAACGUGUAGGGUGUAUACAUAUAUGGUUAUGGAAAUGGGUUUGUUCGAGAUAUGUGUAUAUACUCAGUACUGUUGAAGAAUUAAUGUGACUGCCAAAUGUUGUUAUCCUAAUUAAUUUGGAAGUGUUUUUAUCGCACGAAUUAUCCUUGAACAUAUGACAAUGUUUCCCAUGAAUAAUAUGCCUGAUUUUUCUUUU